UUGUCUUGUUUUUACGUUGUUACCGCUGUUCAUGACAGCCAUGAACAGAUGGACUCCAUCGUUGUUCAUAGAAGACAUACAAGUAAGAAGAAAUAUCGACCGAUAUACCAUAUAACAUCUCCAGAAGGAUGGAUUAGCAACCCGACUGGGAUAGCUUUCUUCAAGCGGCAGUAUCACAUAUUCUUUCAAUACCAUCCUUAUAAUGGUGCAUGGGGCCACAUGAGUUGGGGUCACGUGGUCAGCAAGAAUCUCAUAGAUUGGACCCACUAUCCAUCAGCGGUAAUGCCGAAGGACGUGUACGACCGAAACGGCUGCUUAUCCGGAUCUGCACUAGUUAUUAAUAACUUCCUAACUCUGUUUUACACCGGUCAUCUCGCCUCUUCUAACGAAGUGUUCCAAACACAAAAUAUAGCGACCAGUGGAGACGGGGUUAUCUUUAAGAAAUAUAUAUACAAUCCGAUUAUAAGACAGUCGCCGAAUGGAGUUGGAGACUUCAGAAAUCCGAAGGUGUGGAGGUUCCGUAACCUCUGGUAUAUGGUCGUUGGAACUUCAUCGAGGGAAAGAUUUGGAGAACUGCUUUUAUAUUCAUCGACGGACAUCUUUAAUUGGAAACUCAAUGGGACAUUUGUAAAAUCAUACGGAGAUAUGGGUUAUAUGUGGGAGAAUCCCGAUUUAUUUGAAUUGGAUGGUCAACAUGUACUUAUCAUAUCCGUUCAGGGAAUAGAAGCUGAUGGAUUCAGGUUCAGAAAUUUGUACCAGACAGGAUACGUUGUGGGGACUUUCAACUAUUUGAAAGGAAAGUUUGAAGAUCUGGAAGUAUCUAUAGCGACGUUUAAUCAGUUAGACUACGGUCAUGACUUUUAUGGAGCAAAGACAUUGCUUGCAACAGACGGGCGCAGAAUUUUGAUCGCGUGGCUGGGAAUGUGGGAGAGUGACUUCAUUGAAUCGACAUCAGGAUGGGCUAGCAUGUUGACGACCAUCAGAGAGGUCCGGGUAAACAAAAGGGGACGCAUACUUAUGACGCCUAUCAGUGAAAUGGAGGAUUUGAGAGUGGAGAUGAUGGAAAACGCGUGGUAUUAUCCCGAAGAAUCUUUUCAGGCCGGAGCGAAAUCUUUUGAAUUGUUAGUUAAUUCGUCUUCCAUGUUAUUCGAUACCGGAAUAGUAUUGGAGUGGAACUUUGGUACUUUUACGAUAGGUUAUUCAGCAGAACACGAGUACAUAAGCAUUGAUCGCGGAGGGCCAGACGGAGUGAGGAGAGCAUAUUGGUCACCAACUAAUCAUAUUUUUAUGCGAAUAUUCAUAGAUUACAGUUCCAUUGAGAUAUUUUGUGGCGAUGGGGAAGUAGUAUUUUCGAGUCGCUUCUAUCCGAAAUCAAUGCGUAUAAAAGUUAUUGGAAAAUCUCAACUCCACAUCACUCAGUACAGAUUACGACGUAGUAUCGGUUACGACAAAGAACUAGUGAAUCGUUUGAAAAACAGUUAG